CAAGUAUGGACCAAGUCAAGUUCAGCAGGAAGGUGAUGAAUAUUAAGGACCACAGCUCAGGACACUUGUCCGAGGACAUGGUCAAGAAGCUGAUCCAACAGUCUCAGGAGGCAAAGAAGCAAGCCUAUUGUCCUUACAGCAAAUUCAGGGUGGGGGCUGCUCUCCUGACCCCAGAUAACUGCGUGUUUACAGGUUGCAACGUGGAGAAUGCGUGUUACAACCUGGGUGUAUGUGCCGAAAGGAAUGCGAUCUCAAGGGCAGUGUCAGAAGGCCACAGAAGUUUCAAAGCUAUUGCAAUUGCCAGUGACCUGGAUGACCAGUUCAUCUCCCCGUGUGGUGGCUGCAGGCAGUUCAUGAGAGAGUUUGGGCCAAAUUGGGAUGUGUACCUGUCAAAGCCUGAUGGCUCAUACCUGCAGAUGACUGUGAGCGAGCUGCUGCCAGCCUCCUUCGGCCCUGAAGACCUAUCCAUGAAGAAAGUGUUUGACAUUCCUAAUGAGUACUGA